AUGCCUAUGGCGCAGUUGGACUCCACAGGUCUAGCGGAGCUAGCACACAGGGAAUACCAAGCAGGGGACUAUGAACGAUCGGAAGCUCAUUGUAUGCAGCUGUGGCGCCAGGAGCCAGACAACACUGGGGUGCUGCUCCUUCUCAGCUCCAUACAUUUUCAGUGUAGAAGAUUAGAAAGAUCUGCAUACUUCAGCCAGUUAGCAAUCAAACAAAACCCAAUGCUGGCUGAAGCCUAUUCCAAUCUAGGAAAUGUGUACAAGGAGAGGAACCAGUUGGCUGAUGCCCUGGAGAAUUACAGACAUGCAGUGCGGCUGAAACCAGACUUUAUUGAUGGGUACAUCAACUUAGCGGCGGCUCUGGUGGCAGCCGGAGACAUGGAGCAGGCAGUUCAGGCUUACGUGACAGCUUUACAAUACAAUCCUGACCUCUACUGUGUCAGGAGUGACCUGGGCAACCUGCUGAAAGCCUUGGGUCGGUUAGACGAAGCUAAGGCGUGUUACUUAAAGGCCAUUGAGACAUGUCCCAACUUUGCUGUGGCUUGGAGUAACCUCGGCUGCGUGUUCAAUGCGCAGGGAGAAAUCUGGCUGGCCAUUCACCAUUUUGAAAAGGCAGUUGCACUGGAUCCAAACUUCCUAGAUGCAUACAUAAACCUUGGCAAUGUCUUGAAAGAAGCCAGGAUUUUUGACAGGUCUGUAGCUGCCUACUUGAGGGCCCUAAACUUGAGCCCCAAUCAUGCCGUUGUACAUGGCAACCUGGCGUGUGUCUACUAUGAACAGGGACUCAUUGACCUGGCAAUCGAUACCUACAAAAGGGCAAUAGAGCUACAACCCAACUUCCCUGAUGCCUACUGUAACCUGGCUAAUGCCUUGAAAGAAAAGGGACAGGUGAAGGAGGCUGAGGAAUGCUACAACACGGCCCUGCGCCUGAGCCCUACGCAUGCUGAUUCUCUUAACAACCUGGCCAACAUCAAAAGAGAACAAGGCAACACAGAAGAGGCAGUCCGGCUGUAUCUCAAAGCUCUAGAGGUGUACCCAGAAUUUGCUGUGGCCCAUUCAAACCUGGCAAGUGUUUUACAGCAGCAAGGAAAGCUGCAUGAAGCUCUGAUGCACUAUAAGGAAGCCAUCAGGAUUUCACCAACAUUUGCUGAUGCGUACUCAAACAUGGGGAACACCCUGAAAGAGAUGCAAGACAUCCAGGGUGCUCUGCAAUGUUACACACGAGCCAUACAGAUCAACCCAGCAUUUGCUGAUGCACACAGUAACCUGGCUUCCAUACAUAAGGACUCUGGUAACAUUCCUGAAGCCAUUGCUUCCUACAGAACUGCCUUAAAGUUGAAACCAGAUUUUCCAGAUGCAUACUGCAAUCUGGCACACUGCCUACAGAUCGUCUGUGAUUGGACAGAUUACCCAAGUCGAAUGAAACGAUUGGUGCAGAUAGUCAAUGAGCAGCUGGAGAAAAAUCGGCUACCUUCAGUACACCCACACCACAGCAUGCUUUACCCACUGACCCACUCCAUGCGUAAAGCCAUCGCCGCCCGACAUGCCAGCCUUUGCCUGGAGAAGAUCAAUGUGCUACACAAGCCAGUCUACCACCACAAGAGGGAGCCGUUGAAUGGGGGACGUCUGCGCAUCGGCUAUGUCAGCUCUGACUUUGGCAACCACCCAACCUCGCACCUCAUGCAGAGUAUCCCCGGACACCAUGACAGGUCUCAGGUGGAGAUUUUCUGCUAUUCCCUGAGCCCAGACGACAGCACCACUUUCAGGCAGAAGAUCUCUCAGGAGGCGGAACAUUUUAUAGACUUGUCCAAGAUUCCUUGCAACGGCAAGGCUGCCGACAAGAUUCAGGCUGAUGGCAUAGAUAUUCUUGUCAAUAUGAACGGAUAUACAAAAGGGGCUCGCAAUGAACUAUUUGCUCUCCGGCCGGCACCAAUCCAAGUAAUGUGGCUAGGUUACCCAGGCACCUCCGGUGCUUCAUUCAUGGACUACAUCAUCACAGAUAGAAUCACCUCUCCCAUAGAACUGGCCUCACAGUACUCGGAGAAGCUGGCCUACAUGAAGGACACUUUCUUCAUCGGUGAUCACAUGAACAUGUUCCCACACAUGCAGCAUCGCCUGGUGCUGCGGGUCACCGACGCUAAUGAUCUACCCACCAAAGCUGUCAUGUACCUGAACGCCCUCGAUUUGGAGCCCAUCAAGGCUUUGGCUACUGUAGUUGAGACAAACAACAAGUCAGCAACAGGUGAAGAGAUUCCUCGUUGUGUGAUACUCUCCUCGAGACUUCAGUAUGGGCUGCCUGAUGAGGCCGUGGUCUACUGCAACUUUAACCAGCUUUACAAGAUAGAUCCUAACACACUGGAGAUGUGGUGUGAGAUCUUGAAGCAAGUCCCCAACAGUGUCCUGUGGCUGCUGCGCUUCCCUGCCGUGGGUGAGACAAACAUCCACCAGGCAGCACAGAACUAUGGGCUUUCUGCAGGCAGAAUUAUUUUCUCUAACGUUGCUCCAAAGGAGGAGCAUGUACGCCGUGGCCAGGUUGCUGACGUCUGCCUAGACACACCUUUGUGUAAUGGUCACACAACAGGAAUGGAUGUCUUGUGGGCAGGGACUCCGAUGGUCACCUAUCCAGCGGAAACCCUUGCCUCUCGUGUGGCUUCUAGUCAGCUGCAGUCUCUGGGCUGCCCGGAACUGGUGGCCAGGACUAGAGAAGAUUACAUCAAAGUUGCUGUCAAGCUGGGACAAGACCCCAACUAUUUGCAAGCCAUGAAGGCAAAGGUGUGGAAGGCUCGCACAUCCAGUCCACUGUUCAACACCAAGAUCUACGCCAACAACCUGGAGAAGCUCUUUGAUCGCAUGUGGAAACGCUUUGAGCAGGGCUUGCAGCCAGAACAUUUGGUACAGGCGUACGACGUGCCUAAUGGCUCAGCUUGA